CCGUAACCCUUAAAAGACGGGACGGGUAUGGGUAUACCCAAAUACUCGUUUCCCGUUGCCCACCCCUAUGAGUUGCAUCAUCCAGAAGGUCACCACGCCCGAGAUGGCCAUCAACACCCUCGGAGCAGUUGCGUACACCGUCGGUGAUGCGAUGCUCUACGUCGAGCAAACGUUCAAGACCUGCAAAGCCAAACGAGGCCUCAUGGGUGUGGGCCUCGGUGUUGGGCGCGCAAUCGGGCCUAUAUACAUAGCGGAAAUCUCCCUGGCCUGCCAUCGUGGUUUUCUGGGCUCCAUCUCAUAGGUAACAAGCUAAUCUAGAACUAACAGACCAUAAUGGUGACGUAUUUCUUUAAGUUUUAUCAUUUUUAACCAAUUACACAUUUUUUGUCUGUUGUGCAUGCAAGCAGUUGUUUAUGUGUGUCGGGACCAUGAUGGGUACACAUUGGAGCACGCCAUGCAUAGUGGUUCAUGAUGGCAAUCCCAUGCAUAGUGGCGGAGUCAGAAUUGAAAAUUGCAUGUGCUCUCUUUAAAAAAUAUAUAAUUUUUUUAUGAGAUUUGAUAAAUAAAUAAGUUAUUAUUAU